ACCAAACAGGUAUCACCGGGAAACCCAACGAAGACCAACUAGUCCCGUGAACUAGUCCACGCCGCAGUGGAGCGGUUCCCGGUCGGAUUGCCAAUGCAUUCCGCAUCCUUAGACACUCUGAGGCCGCCUAACAGCGCGCGCCGAGUCUGCCCGUGCACCGGGCGGUCUCAUCGCACACAUGCCCAGGCGUGGCGUGCGCAUGCUCAGCCCCUCUCGGCCGUGCGCGGCUCCCUCCAAGCAGCACCUAGCUGCACUGGAUCUAGCUCGCCAAGCAGCCCCACGCACGCAUCGGGGCCUGCUCUUUCCAUACGGCGCUCGCUGCUGGGCCGGGCGCCUGUGCCUGCCGCGCGGGAACCCGGGCAACGGCUGGUCUCGCGGCGGGGGCUGUGGAGCGUGGACGCGGUGAUGAACAACCUGCGGAAGAAGCGCUUCGAGGAGAAGACGGUGGAGCGGGUGUAUGAGGCGGACGUGUAUCCGGCAGUGUUUGACUUUGAGGCGUGGCACAACCACCGCUCCCGCAAGCGCUACCUAGAGCACUGCAUCACGCUGUUCCGCUCCUACUUCUUCCGCGACCUGCUGGGGCCGCUGGCGGUGCUGGUGGGCACGGCGGUGGCGGUGGGCUGCUACGAGCAGGCGCUGCAGGACCACCUGCUGCCGGGCGCGCUGCCCAGCUUCUCGGGCGUGUCGGACACUCCCUUCCAGCUCACCUCGUUCGCGCUGUCCCUCAUGCUGGUGUUCCGCACCAACUCCAGCUACGCGCGCUGGCUGGACGCGCGGCAGCAGUGGGGCCUCAUCGUCAACACCUCCCGCACCUUCAUUCGCCAGGUCAUGACCACACUGCCCGAGUCCAGCUGCUCCGAGCUGCGUGAUGCCAUUGCGCGCUGGACCAUCGCCUUCGUGCGCCUGUCCAAGCUGCACCUGCGCGAGCACGGCGACGUGCGGCUGGAGAUGGCGGGCGUGCUGCGCGGCGAGGAGCUGCCGUUGGUGGCGGCGGCGGCGCACCGGCCGCUGGCGGCGGCGCACGUGCUGAGCGAGCUGCUGCGCAGCGCGGAGGCGGCGGGGCGGCUGAGCGACCAGAGCCGGGCGCGGCUGGAGGCGGACGUCAACAUGUUGAGCCAGGCGCUGGGGGCGUGCGAGAAGAUCCUGCGGAACCCCAUCCCGCUGUCGUACACGCGCCACACGUCCCGGUUCCUGGUGCUGUGGCUGCUGUGGCUGCCCAUCGCGCUGUGGGGCAAGGUGUCGUGGGGUGUGGUGCCGGUGGAGGCGAUCCUGUGCUACCUGUUGCUGGGCAUUGACGAGAUAGCCAUUCAAAUGGAGGAGCCCUUCGGCAUUUUGCCGCUGGAGAACUUCUGUGACGCCGUGCAACAGUCGGUGGAGCAGGUGGCGUCCAUGGACCACGGCGUGCAGGAUGUGGUGGCGUCCUACGUGUGUCAUAUCGUGCAGCAGGACAGCGGGAACGGGACAGGCGCCAGCGAGCCGGCGCCGCCUGCGGAGGAUGGCGGAAACGGCUUCGCCAACAUCUUCUUCAGGAUGCCGGCGGACCGGUGCUGAGCGGCCGCGGAAGCGUUGGAGUGGGCGCUCGCGCGUGUCAAUUGUUUGGGUGAUGUCCCGUAACUUGCUGUGGAUAUGACGUGAUCCCCUGUAAGAUGGAGGGACGGGACCGCACGGACAACCACGGUGAAAGGUCGCGUGACUUGCUCGGGCGCUCAGGGCGGGCGCUGGAAGGCGCUGCCGCUGCAUGAAAUUUUGCUAUUUUCAAGCGACUGUGUCUGAUUAUUUUUUCAGAAUAGGAGUGUGAGGCGGGUCAGGCACUCAGGCGGGCAGCUCGGCUGUCAUCGCGAGGGUGGAUUUCAAUG